GUUUGGACUAGCGGACAAGGCACCAGGCUGGAGGCGUGUCUCACUGUGCCUUGCAGAGAAAAAUAAAUAAAUAGAAGGUCCCCGCAGGAUGCUUGGACUCCGGUAUUUUAAAAACUAACUCUCCCAGGCAGCGGGCCCCGCCUGUCCCUCGCUCUGGAUACACCUGUAUCCUCGCUAUGACUCAGAUCGCCCGGGUCCUCCAGUUUUCCAUUACUAAAGUCCCACCGCUGCCGGAUUCCAGGUCCGCAUGACGUGGUUUAUUAUGACAACAGUUCCAGGCGACUGCCUUCACCUUCAGAAGGUGCGGAAGGUGCGGAAGGUGCCCGGCUCGGAGCGCAAGGAGGGAAGCGCGCGGCAUGGGCUGCGGACCUUCCCAGGGCGCAGAGAACCGGAGACGCGCGCCUGCGCCCAGGAGGGGCUGGGAAGAUGAAUGCAAGGAAACUUGUAUCCCAGGACCACAAGACUGGGCGGCAAAGAGUGUGAGGCUGAAGGCUGACGUAAGGGUGAUGCCUGCAAGGGCGGACUGCAGUCCCCAGGCCCAAGGGGAACCUCCCCAGGAUACUGUAGACAGUUCAGAGUGUCUGAAGCCUCAAGUCCUGAUGGGAAGUUUACCUGGAACCAUUCCAGAGAGUUCUCCAUCUCCUAGCCACAGAAAUAAAAAAGUAAAUUCAGAAGAUCCAGUGACCAAUGGAUUAAUCAAUAAACUGCAACCCCUAGAGAACAGAGAGCGACAAAAGUCAUCAGACAUUCUGGAGGAACUAAUUGUUCAAGGAAUAAUACAAAGCCACACCAGAGUAUUUAGAAAUGGAGAAUCAUAUGAUGUUAUGGUGGACACAACUAAGAAGCCGGUGAGAAAGCCACCAGCAAGACUGAAGAAGCUUACGCUCAAAAAGGAUGUAAAGGACUUCACAGUGAAGGAUGUGGAAGAAAAGAUGCAGGCUGCAGAGGAGCACCGAAAGAGUAAAGAAGAAGAAACAAGAAAAAGACUACGGGGUGAACAAUCUUUAGCCCCAAGCAGUCAUUCAGACUCUGCUGAAUUGGGUACCGCUGAGGUUUCAUUUGCCAAAGGGCCUUACAUUGUGAGUUCUGCCGAGUCUGCACUGUCUGACCUGCAGGGAAGAGAGCCCCUGAAGAGGAAGAAGAGUAAACGUGAGGCGGCCCUGAUUGACAGGAACUACCAUUAUGAAUGUUUUGGGGUUGUGGAGUCAGACAUGUUCUACAAUAGAGAAGAUGACAUAUUCUAAUAGGCCAGUUUUUGUGAAUUUCAAAAAAAGGCGUUCAUUCUUCCCAACUGUCACAUUCCUAGCGUGUCACAUGCUCUUUGCCAUGUGACCUCAUCCAUUGGGAUUUCUGGUGUGGCUUAGGAAUGAUAAAAUGAGCAGCAUGGGCUAAAUACUAAUUGGGUGAAUUAAAUGAUCACAAAAAAUAAAAAAGAAAAGAAGGAUAUGUUUGAGCAGCUUGGAUAUUAUAAGGUGGGUAUUCUCCCUCAAAGGGGCUCCACACAUUCUUAGAUAUCUAAUUUACGAGUCUUUUCCAGCUUACAUGAAAAUGUUUGUGCCAAAUGACUCCAUCUUUGUGCUUCCUCAACCUUGGCUGUGUCCACUGAUGGUCAUUUAUGAUGAAUUUCAUGGAUUUGCAUUAAGUAUUUUAAUAAUCUUAUUGAUUCAUGUGCUGUGUAUUUAGUUUUGUUUCUUUUAGUGAUCUGUGCUAUCAAGGAAUAAAGCAAUAUCUUGGAGUUGAUCAAAUUACAAUUUCAUCCCUAUAUUUAAGUAAACAAUAUCCAAUUCUCAGAAUUAUGUAGAGUAGGGAGCUUUCUUCAUAUUGAAAAAGAACUUCAGCUGGAAGUAGAAGGGUGUGAGGAGGCUGAGAGUACACCCCAGGUCUUCUUUUCCCCACCAGCAGUCUGACCUGAAUAGUUUGCUGCCCUCAUUAUGGGAAUUCUACCUGCUUCCCCACUCCCUUACCGUCCACAUCCAACCAAUGAUUGGGAAUCUCUUGUAUCUGUCUUUAUGCUUGUCUCCUGUCGCUACCUAGUUUAGACCACCUCAUCCACCCCCAUACAGUUGGAUCACAGCAGUUCUCUCAAUUUUGUAUGGUUGUGAUCUGUUUAAAACUCACUAUUGGGGCCAGGGAUAUAGCUUAGUGGCACAGCACCUGCCUGGCAAGCAUGAGGUCAUGAGUUCCAUUCCUGGUACCAAAAAAAAAAAGAGAAAACCCACCAUCACCCAUCUUUCUUAUCAAGAUAAAAUCCAGACUCCUUCUGGAAUAAAGAUCUCAGAUUUUACAGUUCACGAAGUCUGACUGUCUUCUAGAGCCUCACACUAGCACACUCUUUGUAAUCUCUGGGUCUUUGCACGUGCUCUUCCUUCCUUCCUCUUUCCCCUUCUUGCUAUUUAACGUAUGGCUUCUCAUUUCAUAAUGCCUCAACUCAGAUAUCAUUUCCUCCAGCUUUCCAGUCCAGACCUCUCAGUCUCUUUUGUCCCCUGGACUACUCACCUUUGUACUUAUCACCCUGAGUGGAAAGUACCUGAUACAUUUUCUUCUUCAUCUAGAUAUCUUCAGUUCCUACAUGGAAAAGGAGUGCACCUGUUGUGAUUGUGGUUACUGUUUUAGUACCUCAGAGAGCUGCUUUAGUGAAUUAAUCAGUAUGCCUAUACAUCCUCCAGAAUGAGGAAACUUUUUUUCUAUAGGAUCCAGUAGCCAGGACCACUCGACAUCUAUUGCUUACAUAAUCCCUCUGGGAUUCAGGAAAAUGACAUCUUGUGUUCCUCUCUUCCCUCUAGAACUUUGGACUUCUGGGACAAUGGUAUGGAGGUAAUGGGGGAGGCAGUCAUUGCAGAACGAAAACAUGUGAGCCAGAGUCUACUUCUUACUGUGUGACCUUGGAAAGGCAUAUAGACUGUGUCUGAGUCACCUUAGAUGUUAACUUGGGAUAGUCACCAUCACAGAGUUGCAUCAAAUCAAAUCAUACAUUUAACAGUACUGUGUAAACUAGAAUACACUACCAUGUACACAGGACAGUAGUUAAAUAAAAUCCCAUGUGACACCAUGAUAUCUUCAUCAUUCCUGGAAUAUUUCUAAGAAGGUGUCAUACGGUGCCAUGUGCCAAUCUUAUGAAAUAUUAGAGAAGCUAAAACCAUUAUACAAAAGAACCUAGAAGAUUUGAGCAUCAUUCAUAUAUCCGCAAAUAAUAUUUUAAUUACUAUAAAGGAUAUUUAAUACAAACAUAUAAUAGUUAUCAAUGACAUUUCUCAAUUUCAUAAAUAUUGAAAUAUUCUCUCUUACAUAUUUAUACUGGGUUGAGUUCAAAUAUAUACUGUCAGGCCUCUGUACCUAUGAGUUAUUCAAGGAUUCUACUAACUGUAUUCAAAUGCUUAAAAAAAUAGUAACUGUACUAAACAUGUAAAGAGUUUCUUCUUGUUAUUAUUUGCUAUAGAGUAUUAUAAUAAUCAUUUAAGUAGGUCUUAUGAGUAAUCUAGGGAUGAUUUAAAGGAAGUGUGAGGACCUGUGUAGGUUGUGUGUAAAUUCUACACAAUUUUAUAUAAAGGAUUUGAACAUCCUCCGAGUUUAGCCUCCAUGGGGAUUCUUGAACGAACCCUACAGCAGCUAUAAAAGGGUGACUGAAGGGUGUAGAGGUGAACAUUGUCAUUGAUACUCUAGUUUGAAAACCUCGCUACAGAACUAGAGUUAAAUAUGCAAAGAAUAAAACAUCAAAAAUGAUAAUCUUUGUAUUUUCUUAGUGAUACCAUCCACUUUAGCAGGAUAGGAAGAAGUAAAUAUUUGCUUUUGUCAUUCUUAAAACUUAAAGUUUUGAACAACCACCAGAAUAUUUCAACUAAAAUCAGAUCACAACCCUGAGGAAGUUAUGAACCAAGGAACACAAGAUUAGGUAAAUGUCUCUGUCAUCAUCUUAAUCAGUGCCAGUUUCUCCUUGUGAAAGAUGCCCUUGUGUUACUUGAUAAAAUGUACUUUGAUGUUAGUAAUCCUCUAACUUUGGUUGGAAGGAGGAAAUUUAUGGCCAACUCGUAUUUAAGGUAAUAUAGUUAAAGCAGUAUUUAACAUUCAUAUGUUAAAUAUUUCACAUAUAUUUAAAAUAAUAUAUGUUAUAAGACAUUCAGGUUAGUAAAAGUAAUUUUAUAAUCACUGGGACAAAAACAGGAUCUAUCAUAGUGCUGCUAUAGUGACUUCCAGUAAUUUACAAUGGUGCCUAUUUCUGUGUCUGUUAUUCCAUUACCAUAAAUAGCUAGUAUUUGGAGGAAUAAUUAUAUAGUAAAUACUGCAUCCUACAAAUGUGCAGUGCUAAAUUGUGUCAGCAUAUAGAUCACUUUGUGUAUACUCAAUACUUUCACGCAGGAAUAGUGACACUAUGUCCUAGACAGGCAAAUAAAGGACAUAUUUUAAAAUA